AUGCUCAGCAACCUUUGGAUCGGAGGGAAUCAUGACGCCAACGACGACGAGAAUCAGAACCGCACGGUUAAUCAGAAUCAUAACACCGAUGUCGUUAGCGACGAGAGUCCGACAAGCGUCGUUGAGCACGAUAGCAGAGAAGCAAUGAGACAAACAAUCCUUGUCCGCAGGAGUCUUUCCCGAAGCCUCAGUUCAUGUAAGAAAUGCAGAAGAAUAGUGGCUAUUGAGGAAAACAUAGUCACACAUGAACCAGGGAAAGGUGAAGAAUGCUGCUUGGAAAAAGAGAAGUGGAAACUCCGAACAAGUCCAAUGCUCUUCCAUCCUUAUCGAGCCUAUGAAAUGGAUGCAAACAAGAGCUAUGAGUUGAUGGAGAAGAUGUUGAAGGUUUAUGUGUACAAAGAAGGAGAUAAACGUAUAAUGCACAAUCCAGUACUCAGAGGGAUCUAUGCAUCCGAAGGCUGGUUUAUGAACGUUAUGGAUUCCAACAACAACAGAUUUGUCACAAAGGACCCUUCAAAAGCUCAUCUCUUCUACUUACCAUUCAGUUCCCGGAUGCUCGAGGCUACUCUAUAUGUUCAAGACUCUCACAGCCACCGCAAUCUCAUCAAGUUUCUUAAAGACUACAUAGACUUGAUCUCCGUUAAGUACCCUUUUUGGAACCGAACUUCCGGCGCCGACCAUUUCCUUGUCGCCUGCCACGAUUGGGUAAUGUCUUCUCCUCUGUUUGAUGAUGUGACAUUUCUCUAUGAAUUUAUAAAAAUGUGA